CUUUUUAUUGCUUCUCUUCUCAUGUUUUUGGUCAUUACCGGUUUUAAAGCACGCCAAGCAUCACUUUUACUUGCUAUAUGGCUUUUAUUUAUUAAUUUUAAUUUAAAUGCCUGGUGGAAAUUGCCAAAAGACAGCCCCUAUAAAGAAUUUGCAAGAUUCGAUUUUUUCCAAACUUUUUCGGUUAUUGGGGGACUUUUACUUAUUUUUGUUCAUGGACCAGGAAAUUAUUCUAUUGAUGCUUUAACAAAAAAGGAUACUUGA